UUUGCACUCGUGAGUCACUUCCAGAGGGGAGCGGGAGCUGACGCGUGUUUUUUGAAAAGCCUCAAAGGUCUGAGCACGCUCCUCGCACCGCAUGUCUCACCCGUGCCUGUUCCAGCCAUCCCAAUGAGGCUCAGGGUCCCUGGGGGGGGUUCAGCACCCCAGCCCCCCGCCACAGCCCCGCUCUCCCCGGUAGCACCGUCCCGGCUGCUCUAACACCAUCCAAAUUGAAACCAGUUGCUCAAAACUAAGUGAUAUUAACCCAGUGGGCAGAGUGCCUCCGUCUUUGCCCGCAGACCGGGCAUACAACCUUGUACCUGCUGGAGAAGAGGGGCUGGGGGGGACUGCCGUGCUCUGGAGACAUGGGUCAGACCCAGGGGUGUCUGCAGGGACCGUCCCCAGGGGGAGAGGUGGCCCAGGGGGGUGACAGCACCCAUCCCAGAGCCACACUGUGAUUUUCUAGCCAGGCAGCUCCAAGCCCUGCGCUUACGGGCGACGAGAGCGGGACGCUGCUCCCACAGCUCCGUUUGGGCUGGGAAAUGCCACAAGCACUGCCCUGAGCCACGGUCGCCCAACAGAGGAGCGGAGCAGCCACCCUGAGCUCGGGGUCACCAGUAAGCACUGGGGCUGUGGGAGCAAUCCUGCUCCCUUCCAGCCCGGAGCCCAUCCUCCUGGCUCCUGGGCAGGGAGCGGAACCGGCCCCACGGUUCUGGAAAAGCAGGUUUUCCCUACGGCCCUGGGACAGCAUCGAGGUGGAGAGGGGAAGAUGGAGCCUUUUUCCUCCUUGGGAUUUCCCCAGGAGCAAGGAAAGCCACCCAGCACUUUGGGACGCGCACUGGGGAGGGGACAAGCCAGCAUCCCUGGGACCAGCCUGUCCCUAAACCCGGCCGGGGUGGCAGGAGCAGGGCCAGAGGUGCAGCACCCACCCUGGGUGCAGCCGUGCUGGGUGUGGAGGUGGGGUGGAUCCUGCACCACCCUUCCAGGGCCCUGGGACCCCCCAUGGGGAUGCCCGCAGGCCCCCGGUGCCGUGCCACCACUCGUCCUGUUCCAGCUUGCCAGCGCCGGCAGCGUGUCUGGGAUUUCAAGGACUCCAGAUUAAAUCUGGAGCCGCUCCCCUCCUUUUGGGGAACAGGAACGGGCUCUGCGGGAAAGGGUGCUGCUCCCAAAAUGCCUGCUGGGGACCUCGGGAGCUGCCUUAGCACUGGGAUACUGGCUAAUUCAGGGGGGUGUCCGUGCCAUGGGCUUGUGGCCAGGAUCCUGCCUGGCAGCCGGUCCGUUUUGCUCCCCAUCCUGUGACGGGAGGAUGCAGGUUGUGUCCCCAGGAGGGAUGCAGCUGCAAACCCACCCCGGGGGAAGGCAGGGAGCAGGGAUGGGUGAGACGGGGAGGUCUGAGCACCCAGAGCCUCUCCCAGCCCGUUUGGGAGCAGCAGCCACCACGUGGGGCUGGUCAUUAGGGCCACGAGAGCGGGGAGUGACACCAGGGUCCCGCUGCUGGGGUCUGGCCCCGCAGCCACCGACACGUUGCUCCGUCCCUGGGCUCGGGGCAUCGUCCCGGGACUCCAGGGGUGCGAGGGGACACGCGGCCGGGACCGGCACGGGCCAAAGGUCUGUUUGCAGGAGGGACACGGGUGCAGCGGGGGCGGUUUGGCAGAUCCCAGCUUUGCAGCAGCGACAGAGGGGGGGGGUCACGCCUGCCCGAGGUGCCCUGUGUUUGUGGGACAGAAAAUCCCUGCACCCCACGGUGAGGUGCUGCCAAAUGGGGGUUAAAAAAUAGAAGCGAGGGUCUCUUUUAGGUAUAAUUCUUAAUGAUGCUUUUUGGUUUCUCCCCCGUGGGCCCUGCCAGCCCCCUCAUGGGCUGGUCCCCCCCACUCCAGGCAGGGAGAGGAGCAGGAUGUGGGCAAACCCCCGGGAAGGGUUGGAGUGGAGCAGAAGCUGCACUGCAACUUCAGCUGAAUUUUAAUGCUACGAGGCAUUCUCAGAGGGGGGGACCCUGUCCUUGUCACCUCCUGUCUGUGCUGAUAGCCCACUGGCCACCCCCAUCCCUGCAGAUGGAUCAGCAGCUGGGGGGGGACCGAGCAUCCUUACCUGGGGGGAGCGGGGGGCAGGGGCACGGCCACGGCCAGGCUGACCCUGCGGGAGGCUCCGGUGGCUCCUCUUGUCCCCUGCAGCCUCAGGAGUCACUUCUGUAGCCCCCAGCACCCCCCUGCCCCGGGGUGAGGGCUUGUGGGGAGCAGCACUGGCUGAUACGGCAUUGCUGACCAAUCUUCCUCCCCUUCCCACUCCUCCUCACCACCGCCGGAAGGAACCAUGAGUGAAUCCAGCACCAAAUCCAGCCAGCCCCUGGCCUCCAAGGGGGAGAAGGACGUGUCGGAGAAGAGGGGACGGGGCCGGCCCAGGAAGAAGCCGCAGCAGGAGCCCAGCGAGGCCCCGACCCCCAAGAGACCCCGCGGACGGCCGAAGGGCAGUAAAAACAAGGCCACCCCAAAAGGAAGGAAAGCUGCAGUCACACCAGGGAGAAAACCUCGAGGCCGACCCAAAAAAUCGCAGCAGGACGAGGAGGAGGUGAACAUUUCCCAGGAGUCAUCCGAGGAGGAGCAGUGAAACCUCCCGGCACCGGCGCUACCUCAUCGCCCGACGGUCCCCGCGUCCCCGGCGGCCGGAGCCGGGGGGGGAGAGGGACGGGGAGAAACCCCCCCACGCGCCGCCCUGGCUUCGUCCUCCUCCUCCUCCCUCCUCCACUCC